AUGACGGAAAGGGGUAACAAUGAUCCGGUGCCGACAGUCACCGAACAAAUGAAAGAGGUAAUUGCCGAAGAAGUAGGGAAGGCAAUUGAGAGUAGUCUAUCUGGUUUCAUAGACAAAAUUCAAAAUACAGUGUUGUCGUUAGUUGAGGAACGGGUUAAAAGGUUAGAAGACAAUGUCAACCUUGUGAAAGAAAAAUCCAGAGAACGUAAGGGUUGUUCAUACAAAGAGUUUAUGGCGUGUAAACCACCAAUUUACAACGGGGAAGUUGACCUGAUAAUAUGCCAAAGAUGGCUAGGCGAUGUCGAAGGGGUGUUUGAAAGGACCCACUGUGACGUAAGCGAUUUUGUGGCUUACGGAAUGGGUAAGUUAAGGGGUCAAGCCAAAGAUUGGUGGGAUAACAAGAAGAAAGAGAUUGGAGCCAAAGCGGCAAGGGCCAUGACGUGGGACGAGUUUAAGAUACCAUUCCUUAAACACCACAGUCCCAAGGCGGUCAUCAACAGAAUCAAGGAGGAGUUCAUCCAGUUAAGGCAAAGGGGUGAAACAAUUGAUAAAAUCACGGGUAUAUUCAUGGAUAAGCUGAGAUUCUGCGAUGAGCUAGUGACUGCCGAGGAGCAGAAAAUAUAUUAUUAUUAUUAUAAUAUGUUAAGUGCUGAAUAUCGAGAGUUUAUGACUCCUUCCAAGUAUGAGACGCUCACCGAGAUUAUAAAUACGACCCAGGAAAGAGAAAUUGAACUCAAAAAGCAAAUUGAACGAGGCGAACGAAGGGCAGUGGAUGCUAACCCGAGCCCUACAAAGAAGCCUCGAACGACUGAGUCUGUAAAGAAGACGGAUGCGAAGGGUGGAUCACCGAGUUGCAAAGUGUGUGGGAAAGGGCACAAGGGUGAGUGUCGCUUUAAAGACAAACCGUGUCCCAUAUGCGGGAAGACGGGGCACACAGCAUCCCUAUGUCCGGGUAAAGUUUCUGUUUGCUACAAGUGCUAUCAGUCGGGUCACAAAAAGUCUGAAUGCCCGGAGAUGGUCGGGAAAAAGAACGAGAAAGAUGUUCAAGUGGAAACUCCGAAGGCGAACGCCAGAUCCUUCCAAUUAACUGCAGCUGAGGCAAAAACAGAACCCGAUGUGGUUUCAGAAGUUGAAAUAGAGGAUAAUAAGAGUUUCAUAGUGUGCGACGUUUGUCAAGGUUGUAAAUUAAGUAUCGAUGAUGAGGAGUACUUAAUAGAUCCGAUCCCGAUGUCGAUGGGAGAGUUUCAAGUGGUUGUUGGGAUGGAUUGGCUAUCCCGACACCACGCAAAAGUCGUGUGUUACCGUAAGGAGAUAAAGUUAACAUCUCCGAGCGGAAAACACGUCACCAUCUAUGGCGAGAAGGGAGGCAAUCCUAUGAUGUGUUCGAUGUUAAAAGCUCACAAACUGAUGAAGCACGGAUGUAGAGUGUUUAUGAUAUACGCGAAUGAAUUAGGGAAGGAAUUACCGAAGAUAAGAGACGUACCGGUGGUACGUGAUUUUGAAGAUGUGUUUCCGGAAGACUUACUGUGA